AUGCUGGCAAGAGCUCCUAAGCCAUCUCCUCUUCACAGCAGAGGGGAAGCAGCUUCUGUGGCACAAGAUCAGGUAGUGGGGCAGAUCAGUGUGGGGAGAGAGGCUGGGGGCAGCCAGGGCACCUCUGUUCCCUCCUCACCUUCCGUGGCCUGAAUGAAUCUCUCUUACCACUUUGCUGCUUUGAAAUCUGUCCUUGGCAAAGUCUCCAGAGGGUGCUGAAUAGAAGUAGUUAAUGUUUAUGCUGUCUGUGAGGGGGUAAAUGUUUUCUUUUUAUUUUAGGAUUCAUUGUCCUUUGAAGAUGUUGCUGUGUAUUUCACAGACGAGGAGUGGGCGCUGCUGGAUCCUGAUCAGAGAGCUUUGCAUAACGAAGUCAUGGAGGAGAAUUGUGGGAUCAUGGCCUCUCUCAGUAAGCCUCCCAACUGAAUCAUAAUAUCAACUUUGAAAAUAGUUACAUGUGUGAUGUAUCAACAAAAUUAUCAUAUAACUCAACUGUGCCACCUAUAGCGUCUGGAUUCUAUAUGCCCCCGCAUUUAAACAUUGAAUGAACAGCAAUCUAUUGUUUCAUCUCAGAAUAUACUUUGUCCAAUUAUGUCCUUUUAAACAGAGAUCAAAUGGGUCUGAACUUCCCAGGCCUUUUGAAAUGUAAAUUUCGGAAUUGUUACGGAAGUGGAAGUAGCCUCUCAGUCAUUUUCUGGUUGGCGAAAGAGACCACUGACAUCAGAAAUGGAGCAGAUUUCAUGAUUGUGCCAAACAAGUAUCCAUCUCAGGAAAGAGGUGGGCUUUUGCUAGUAUCAAAUUCCCAUAACAUUUUAAGCUUUUCCCCUCCUGGAAACAUCAGGACAGGAGUCCAAAUAUGCUCUCUUUAACAACCAGCCAUGUUCAAGGAACUGCGCACUUGCUCUAAAAUCGAAGACAGGUAACAUGUAACAAGCAAAGUUAGACUGGUUUUAGUAAGAAAAUUGUGUUUUGUUUGAUUGUGCUUUUUGUGAUGGAUGGACCUUGGAGACCCAGAAACCAAUCUGGGCUGAGUGGUGUGUCAACCAAUCAGGAGGGAAUGGAGAGUUAAAAGAUAGAAGCUGACAAUUUAACUGUCAGAUAGGGCUUGGAUUGGGUUUAGAAAGGUCUUGGCUAGAGAUUAGCCGAGUGUUUUGGGUUUUGCUAGGCAUGGCAGCCCAUAUCAUUUCCCUGAGUAGAAGGGAAAUAUCCUAGAAGACGGUUGGAAGUGUUUUACUUGCUUAGUAGAACAAAUAGCCAUUCUAGGGCCAAGUAGAAGAAGUAGCUAUUUCAGGAGGAAUCAGUUUAAUUAGAAACAGAUUUAAAGUGGAAGUUUUGAGUGAAAUUAUUAUUUCUGUAAAGUUGAUUUGACUGAAACGAAAGUGUUGUGCCUAAUUAGAGUAACCAUUAAGCUUUAACCCUCAUGGACUGUAUAUGAAAUUUUAGUUUUGUUUCCAAUGUCCCUCAACCUUACUUUGAUCCUCCGGUUGAGGGAUAAGCGGCCACAGGAUUUUCUUCCACAUUACUAGGAGUCCUUGCUGCUGGGUAUGUGUAAAUGCUACCAAAUCACGAGGAACUAGACAUCUCAGUGUUACUGACAGGGAGUGUCAAUGUUUUAAAAGACCUAAAACCUGGUCAUGUUACCUCACUCCAAUAUUUUCUGAGGGAGCUUGCCAAAAUUAUUUCUAUUUUGAAAUUUGGCUUAGCUUUGUUUUAUAGGCUACUGUUAACGGGCAUCUUUUUUUCUCACAACAACCAAAUCCAACAGUGUAGCACACCAGCUCUCAGAUAAUGCUAGCAACUCUGUGCAAUAAGAUCUGCCUCCCAUCUAAGUCCCUUCAGUUCUUUCUUUCUCACCGGCUUUCCAGGGGUUGGACUAAAUGACCCUUGGGUCCCUUCCAGCUCUUAUGAUUCUAUGGUAUGUUCCAGUAAUGUAGGUCUCCAUUGUCUCCUAAAGCUCUAACAAAUUCUAUCUCCAUUGCAGAAGGUAACAAAUUGGAAACAAUGAACCAUGAGAAAAUCCACACAGCGGAGGAGCCAUCUAAAUAUUUAGAGUGUGAAGAGAUCCUGAGUCAGAAUUCCCACGCCAUCCGGGAGAAACCAUAUCACUGUUUGGAAUGUGGGAAGGGCUUCAAGUGGAAGAAAAGUCUCACUUCGCAUCAAAUAAUUCAUACAGGGGAGAAGCCAUUUGAAUGCUUGGAAUGCGGGAAGAGCUUCAGCUGGAAGGAAAGUCUCACUUCCCAUCAAAGAAUCCAUACAGGAGAGAAACCACAUCAGUGCUUGGAAUGUGGGAAGAGCUUUAAUGCAAGCAGAAAUUUGCGGCGCCAUCAAAGAAUUCACAGUGGGGAGAAACCAUAUCAGUGCUUGGAAUGUGGGAAGAGCUUUACUAGAAGCACGAGCUUCCGUUGUCAUCAAAGUAUCCACAGUGGAGAAAAACCGUAUCAGUGCUUGGAAUGUGGCAAAAGCUUUACGAGAAGCAUAUACUUCCAUCAUCAUCAAACAAUGCACAGUGGGGAGAAACCGUAUCAAUGCUUAGAAUGUGGAAAGAGCUUCCGCUGCAAGAGAAGUCUCAUUUCCCAUCAACAAAUUCACACAGGGGUGAAAUCAUAA